GGGGCGAGCGGCGGCGGCGGCUGCCAGGGGGGGCGGCCCCGGGGGGCGGCGGGGAGCGGCCGCCGGGCGCGCAGGGGCUGCGGAACCUGGGCAACACGUGCUUCAUGAACGCGGUGGUGCAGUGCCUCAGCAACACGGCCCCGCUCGCAGAGCUCCUGGCGCUGGGCCGCUACCGCGCCCGCGGGGCCCGCGCCGAGGUGACCCACCGGCUGGCGGCCCUGGUCCGCGCCCUCUGGACCCGCGACUAUACACCGCAGCUCUCCGCAGAGUUCAAGAGCAUCGUCUCCAAGCACAGCGCCCAGUUUCGGGGCAACGCACAGCACGACGCCCUGGAGUUCCUGCUCUGGCUGCUGGACCGCAUGCACGAGGACCUGGGUGCCGCCUCCCUGGCCCCACAGACCCGUGUCUCUGAGCAGCCUGGUGAGGAUGGGAGUGGUGCUGACAGCCCCUCACCGGCCACCCAGCACCCCCAUGGGCAGAGCUUUGUGCAGAGCCACUUCCAGGCUCAGUACAGAUCCUCCCUGACAUGCCCUCACUGCCUGAAGCAGAGCAACACUUUCGACCCCUUCCUGUGCAUCUCCCUGCCCAUCCCGCUGCGCCAGACCAGGGCUCUCAACGUCACCCUGGUGCUGCAGUGCGAGCGCCGGCGGUUCGUGCGCGUGGGGCUGGCAGUGCCCCUGUCGGGCACCGUCGCUGAGCUGCGGAAGAUGGUGGCGCGGGAGGGGUGCAUCCCCCCCGAGCAGGUGAUCCUGGCCGAGGUGUCCCCGCGGGGCCUCCUGCGCUCCCUGGGCGAUGCAGAGGAGCUGGGUGCUGCCGGGGAGGGGGCUCCACUCUACGCCUUCCAGCCCCCCCCUGCCCGCCGCACAGGGUGCAGCCUGCCCGCCUCCCCUGGGGCCGCCCAGCCCGAGGGGCCGCGCCGGGGACCGGCUGCUGCCUGCUCCUCCGACUGCCUGCACCGCGGGGGGGGCGGCCGCAUCCUGCUGCUGCUCUGCAACACGGCGGGCACCGGCCCCCAGCUCGCCAGGUUCGGGCCGCCACUGUUGCUGCGGGAGGAGAGGGGUGCCUCCUGGGAGCAGCUCCAGCAGAGCAUCCUGGCCCAGCUGCGGGCCCUGCUGCAGGGAGAGGUGCAGGCACAGGGCACAGGAGCCCUCUUCCGCAUCCGCCUGGCUGGGGGCCCAGCCCCCUGCACCUACCUGUCCCCACAGGACCCCCGCCCUCUCUGCCACCCUGCCGUCGACAGAGCCCUGCAGCUGAGCGGGGCCGGUGGCCCUCCCCAUGUGAAGCUGACGGUGGAGUGGGAUGCGAGCACCAAAGAGCGCCUUUUCGGCAGCCUCCAGGAGGAGGUGGUGCAGGACGCCGAGAGCGUGCGGCUGCAGCAGCAAGCGCACGGGCAGCAGCACAGCUGCACGCUGGACGAGUGCUUCCAGCUCUACACCAAGGAGGAGCAGCUGGCCCCAGAUGACGCCUGGCGCUGCCCACACUGCAAGGUGCCCCAGCAGGGCACGGUGAAGCUGAGCCUUUGGACACUGCCCGACAUCCUCAUCAUCCACCUCAAGCGCUUUCGCCAGGUGGCUGAGCACCGGCACAAGCUCACCACGCUGGUGAGGUUCCCCCUGCGGGGUCUCGACAUGGCCCCGCACGUGGCGCAGCGGGGCCAGGCUGGCGGGCAGCUCUUGGGGCGCUGGGCCUGGCAGGGCCCCCCCCGGGACUCCCUCUACGACCUGUACGCGGUCUGCAACCACCAGGGCAGCCUGCAGGGCGGGCACUACACGGCCUACUGCUGCAACGCCCUGGAUGGGCAGUGGUACAGCUACGAUGACAGCAGGGUGGAGGGGGUGCCGGAGGCCGAGGUGAGCACCCGCAGCGCCUAUAUUCUCUUCUACCAGCGCCGCAAGGCUGUGCCCACAUGGUCUGCUGGCAGCUCCGUCAGGGGCUCCCCGCUGGCAGAGCACUGGCUGUCCCGCCUGGGCAGCACCACGGGGGACACUGCAGCUGCGCAGCCCUCCCUGCCGGGCACCCACCACACCACUGCUGCGCAGGAGAAAGGUGGCUUCGAGACCAGGCCCUUUGUGCGGGGCGUCCAGCGCCGCAGCCCCAGCGCCCAGCUCCCUGCCACUGGUGGCCGGUCCCCCGAGUGCCAGGCGCAGGGCCCGGGGGAGCUCGUCGCCUACCUGGAGUCGGGGCGCCGGCCCCGCUGCACGCAGCGCUCGCUGCUCCCGCUCGGCACAGGGGGCACCCCCCGAGCCCCCCGCCAGCCCCUGCUGCGGCGAGCGGCCAGCGCUGGUCCUGAGGGGUCCCUGCGUGCGCCCCCCAGGAGCCAGAGCAGGAGGGGCACGGGGGGGCUGCCGCAGGCAGAGCGGGAUGGGGGUGACCCCCCCCCGCCGCUGGCCCCCAGCCUGGCAGCCUUGGUGCACUCACGGAGCUUGGCCAGCCUGCCCCUGCACCGCGAGGGGGGGCUGCGGCGCUCGGCCUCCCUGGGCAGGGGCACAGGGGGGCCCCCCCUGCCCGCCUGGGGUCCCCCUGGGGCCACGCUGCGGCGGGGACAGCAGCUCACGGGCUCCCUGCAGCGCCCGGCCGUGCCCGAGUCCAGCUUCUGAGCCAUGGCCAGGGGGCAUCGCCCUGGGGCCCCUGCCAUGGGGGCUCCCGAGCUGGGGGUGUCUCAA